GUCUCUCUCCUUUGUAUUUUAUUCUUUUAUCAGAUUUAUAUUAAAAAUAAAAGGAGUGCGAAACGUUCGAUUUCAACAUGUUCGUCGUACAUUGCAUUAUCCUAAUCGUAACAUUGCUUGCAAUCCGAAUUUUCGCGUUAUUAUUCCUAAAACGGAAUAUCGGCAAACAUGUUGGCUCAGCGAAGACGUUAAUUGUUUUGGGGUCUGGUGGUCACACAACAGAAAUGUUUAAAAUAUUGCACCAGCUCAACAAGGCCAAUUACACGCCACGCAUUUACGUAGCAGCUGAUUCCGAUAAAAGUAGUCACAGCAAAGUCACUGAGUUCGAGUCAACUGCCACCGACUACAAAUUUAUCAAAAUAUUUCGCAGUCGCAAUGUUGGUCAAAGCUACGUUUCGUCCGUAUUCACAACAUUGCAGGCUAUUGCGCUCAGUAUACCAGUGAUCUAUCACGAAAGGCCUGACUUAGUUAUGUGCAAUGGUCCCGGAACUUGUGUACCCAUUUGUUUGAUUGCAUUUCUGUUUCGAGCUGUGGGCAUCAACACAAGUAGUCGGAUCGUGUUCAUUGAGAGCUUUUGUCGCAUUAAGACAUUGUCACUCACUGGUCGAAUAAUGAUCUGGUUCGCCGACCUAUUUGUGGUUCACUGGCAGGAACAGAAAAAGUUUUCGAAGAAAAUUCAAUGUUUCGGACAGUUGAUCUGAUGCGCCGACAAACACUGACCCCACCAACGUUCUUUUAUAAAUUACUUUAACUGUACAAUUAACUCAUCGCAACCAUUACGCAUCCAAUCAACAAAGUCAUUUUGUUUUAGUUUGAAGAUAAAGGCUCGAUACUAAGAAGACACAACCGUUACACCACCGAUAGCUAUUUUGAAAGUUCACCGCUAAUGGAUCCAGACUCCGAGAGCACUGCCACUGAUGAUGGAAAUACCGAAAAUUUCUGUGAUAAUCCAACCAGAGACAUUCUAGCCGAUGGCAUAAUAUCAAUGUUUCGGCCGUGUGUCGAUCAGCUGCAGGAGCGGGUAAAAGCGACUCGCAUUGCUCAAUAUGAACUGAAACAAUUGCUGGAAAAUUUAACCAUGAAAUUGAAAGCGAUCGAAAAGUCACAGCAAACGCCCGUCAUUUUGGACGAAUAUUUGAAGAAGAUGAUCAAUGUGAAGCACAAAGUGACGGUGGUCUACAAUGUGUUGAACAAUGCCCAAGACCGACUUAAUUCCAUUUAUAAGCAAAUUGAGGCGGAAAAAAUUAAGGGCCGUGCGUUGUUGGAUGAUAAAGAGGGACGAUGAAUUCGCCGCCUUUCGUUUUUUGUUUAUUUUUUGUUGAUUUUUUUUUGUAAAUUAAAUUUAAUUGAAAAGAAUGUCCGAUGAAUUGGAAUGGUGUAUGCUUGAGUUACAUUUAAUGUUUAUGAAUUAAAAUAUUGAAAUUUUUGUAUA